AGUUAUGCAAUCUGCAUGAUUAUCAAUUAUGAAAUUUGAACAAUUUAUUGUGUUGUCCCUACUUUGUGGACUUGUCAAUAGUGAGGAGUCUGACACCUUUGACUCAAUCUUGGGAAAAUCAGAUGCCUGUAAAGAUGAAUGUUUAAGGAGUUUUCCUCUUCAUACAUAUGACAGGCCAAGCAACCUUGAAGCUUGUGAUCGUGGCUGUAGGUUGUUUAGUAUCUGUGAAUGGUCGAUAGAUGAUCAAGAUUUCAAUAAAACUUUAGUGGAAUGUACCGCAGCAUGUGAUGAAGCAUAUGGUCAAAACGAAAACAAAUUCGAGUCAGAAUCAUGUAAAUUUGGAUGUAAAUCUGCUGUUUUACCUGCCAAACAAAGGCAAAAUAAAUUGGAUAAAGAGGAACCUCAUAUUCAUCCAGUUGUAAUUAGUCAAUCUCUUUCUCUAAAUCAUCAAGACAAUAUAUUUGGAAGUUUUGGUGCAGAUCCAUUUGAUCAAUUCUUCUCGCAUAUGUAUCAACAUCCACUCAUGAUGGCAAGUGAUAAUAUGAUGCAGAACAUGCUGAAUUAUAUGACCAAACUAAUGAAUUCUGAUGUUAUGUCAUCCUCUAUGUUAAGUUUGGGAAAUAAAGACACAGAUGAAGUUAUUAUCAUUUCUUUUGGUUCAAAUUUACCGGAAAUAAAUACUCAACAUCCACUGGAAAAGCUCAUAAAACAUAAUACUGAUGGAAAUAAAAUUCAUCCAAAAACAACUCUGGUGGAUAGAAUCAUUGAGUCUAAUCUCCAGACAAAUUUAUAUGAAAAGCAUCAUCCAUACACAAACGAUUACUGGUUCUCCGAUUAUUAUGAUGAUUUUGAUCAUUUCGAUAAUCCAAAUUUAGAAACGGAAUUUGAAGAAUGGUGGAAUUGUUUUGUCAAGAAAGCUGGUCUUCCCGAACUCGCGUUGUUAUUUUUUUGGAUGUCAACAAUGAUUUUAUUAGUAAUGUGUUGUACGAUGCAAUUUCCAUCAAAGAAAAACUCAACUAAGUUAAGCAUUCAUGGUGAUCUCGCUUACAUAAAAGAAACAAAAGGUCACAUUCCUGAUUUUCUACAAGUAUAUGGACACACUGGCGUUGAUGUCGUACGGUUUACUGAAGUAAAAAAUUACAAACCAGAUGAGAAAAUACCAUUAUCAGUCUCGUUUUAAAACAACACAAUUUUUGGAUUGGAACUCUCUUGAGCUUCAAGAAAGCGUUUGGGAAUAUUGUUGGUGAAAACCUCUGAGUUACCUUACCAAGUAUAUUUUAUUAUGGUGUAUGAUUUUCAAUGGUACAGCUAUUUACAACUUAUUAAAUAGUAGAGCUGCUCCCAGGGUGUUUCAAAUGCUGUUUUACUAUUGUUAGGUUCACUUCCUAAGUAAUCUACAUUUUGCUGCUUACUGGAGUAUUCACGUUUGAAUUGGUCUCCGAAAAUGAUCAAGUUUAAGCUUAUUAUUCGGGGUACUCGCUAGAAAAACAGAAAAUUUGUCAAACAGCAAUAUUUUUCACAAAAUAUAACUUUGACAACAUUUUUUUAAAGGUCUAUGUUAUGCUACACUUAUAGAUGCUCAAAUGUCGUCAGUGUACUUCAAAGCAAUGUCUUAACCCAGAAGUCCAAGUCUUGUGCAGCGUUUUGAAGAUUAAUUUGUGUAUACGCAUUUUAUUCAUGGUGUCAUCUGACCUUCAAAUUUUCUACUUUUCUAAGCGACCACCCUGUAUUAAAGUAUUACGUACAUCAUUGCUCUUCCUUGCUCAUUGCCUCUCCCACUACAGGGUGUUUGUUAAUUUCAACCAAUAUCAUUUUCUUUCUCUUCUAGAAUUUAUCUAGUGUCUGAAUUUAACAAUCCUUAACUAAUGUGCAUUGUGUAACCUUUAGAUUUACAGUGGAACGUUUACAGCUUGUAUGUAUCUAUCAAUAUAUAUAUCAAAUGUUAAA